AUGAAACUCCUGAGCACUCUCUUUCCCUUCUUCUCCCUCGCGCUUGCUCGACCAAAAGCAGCGCCAUCCACCUUCUCCGGCGUCGUAGUUUACACUCCUCCAUCCAAUUACACCGAUCCCCGCGUCCUCUACGCUCGAACAGCUCAACUCCCGGACGGCGACAUCCUCGCAACAUGGGAAAACUACAGUCCCGAACCACCGCCCGUAUACUUCCCCAUCUACCGUUCCUCUGAUGGUGGAUAUACCUGGAAAGAGCUAUCACGGGUACAAGAUCAAGUCAAUGGCUGGGGAUUGCGAUACCAGCCAUUCCUAUACAUCUUGCCUGAGGACAUGGGCGACUAUCCCUCCGGCACUGUCCUACUCGCUGGCUCAUCCAUCCCAACCGAUCUCUCGCGCACCCAAAUCGAUCUCUACGCCUCGCGCGACAAAGGCGCAACCUGGAAAUUCGUUUCGCACAUUGCGGCCGGCGGCCGCGCGGUUCCCAACAAUGGCCUCACGCCUGUCUGGGAGCCAUUUCUCAUGUACUACCAGAAAACGUUGAUAUGCUACUACUCCGACCAACGUGAUAACGCAACCCACGGCCAGAAAAUGGUGCAUCAAACCACCAAGGACAUGCGCACGUGGGGCGCUGUCAUCGACGACGUUGCGUAUCCAAAGUAUACGGAUCGACCAGGCAUGCCGACAGUCGCGCAACUGCCGAACGAGAAAUACAUCAUGGCGUAUGAAUACGGCGGCGGGCCAGCAAUCAAAUCGAGCUACCAGUUCCCCGUGUACUACAAAAUCGUCUCCGAUCCCGAGAAAUUCGGCCCUGCGACUGGGAUCUCGCUGAAGGCAACCGAUGGCACGAUCCCCACCGGCUCGCCGUACAUAGUUUGGAGUCCGGUUGGUGGCAAGAAUGGGACGUUGAUUGUGUCGAGUGGAUCGCAAUCGCAAGUGUUUGUUAACACGGGAUUAGGGGAAGGAGCGUGGAGGAAGGUAUCGACGCCAGAGGGGGUGUCGUAUACGCGACAUUUAAAGGUUUUGGGUGAUGGGAGUAAGCUGCUGAUUAUGGGUGGUGGGCAUUUGCCGCCGAGUACGACGAAUAAGGUUACUGUGAGUGCUAUGGAUAUCUCGAAGCUGUAG